AUGACAUUGUUCCGGGAGGCUGCAGCCGCCGCGGGAGAAAGGGGCGCGGGGGGCGCGCGGAGGGGGCGGGCCGCCAUCUGCCUCCUUCCUGCGGGCGGCCGGCCGCCUCCCUGGCACGCCGCGCCCGCGGCCACUCAGCUCACACCUCCCCGCGAGGCCGCGCCGCCAUCAAUGCGCGGUCUGUGGCCGCGUCGGGGUACAAAGGAGCGGCUGUUCGGGCCCAGCCCGGGUGGGGCGCGAGCGCACCGGCGAGGGACUCCCUGCGCGCCGCCCGCCAGCCAGGGCGCCCGGGGCCGGCCGGGGAUGGGGCCCUGCACGCGCGUCCCCUCGCCCAGGCUCUCCUGGCCGGCGCCCUCGGAAGUGACUGUCCUAGGUGUCCCCGGCGGCCGCCCAGCCUGGCAGCGCGCGGGCGAGGGCGGGAGGCUCCCCGGGGCGCUCGGCGGGGGCCGGCACGUGUGCGCACGGGGGUCGCAGCCCAAAGAACGGCCCGGGGGACGUGCUAUCAUUCCCACCGCAGCCGGUCCCCCGAGUCGGCCGCAGCCGCCCCGGAGAGGACGGGGGCGGCGGGGGAGCGAGGCGCCAGCAAUAGAAACUUUACAUCCGCGCAGAACUCGCAGAGCAACGAGGGGACCCGUAGGAUCUCAGCUCCCACUCCCUCCCGACGGCGCCCGGGAACAGCCAGCGACUCCGCUGAGGAACCGCGGAAGGCGCGUAGGACGUCCCCGCUGCGCCCCGCUCCCCGCGGCAGCCUCCACGCUCCAGGCGCCCCACAAACCGCCGCGCCUCCUCCAGGCACGGUCCUGGAGGAGAGAGGGCGGCGGAACCCGGGCCCGGCCCCGCGGUGCCAGCUGA